AUGGAGAGCACGGCGGCUGGAGUGAGCGGCGCCGCUUUCCUGGAGCACAUCCCCGAGGUCGGCGAGGAGUCCGACGACGACGUGGUGCUGGGAGCUCCCCUGGUGGCGACGACAUCCACAGGCGGCGCCACGCCUCCCACAGCCUCGCCUCAAGCGGCGGUACCGGGGACGAAUGUCACGCCAGCGGCGCCUAAGCCUAUGACACCGACCGCGGCGGGGCGCCGGGUGGCAACAUCUGUGGCGGCGACCCCGCCGGAGCAGCUGGCGCCCAUCCCUAUGGCUACACCGACGGAGUCCUCGACGGCAUCUUCACCUGUGGCGGCGGACUUCUUCAUCGGCGCCGCUACCAAGGCCAAGGCUAAGGCGCUUCUGGCGGCGCGAGCCGACCCUUGGGAGCCCAAGGAGCAGGGGCCACCGGCGACCAAGAUCCCGCCCACGGCGCUGACCUGUGGACCCCAGCCGCGAGCACCACGGCGAGGACUCAUCCACCCCGACCUGGGCAUCGCGGCGUCGGUGACGGUGCCGGCGCCACAGCCAGUGCCCAUCAAAGCGGCGCCCGCACAGUUGAGGCAGCAGGCGGCGGCCAUGCCGAAGAAGGCGCCCCCGCCCCAAUUGGCGCAAGCGGCGCGUGGCUCUGAGGAGGCCCUCCCGAUAAAGGCCGCACCGACGCCGCCGCCACCAGCUCCUACAGCACGACCGGCGGAGGUCCAGAUCAAGGCGGCGCCGAUUCCGAGCCAUGCGGCCGCGGCGGGUGAGGCUACCGAUCAG